AUGCUUCUCCUCCUGGUCCUCCUGGGUGUGGCAGAGACUACAGACCCUAUGACAGAUUUGGAAAAUAUUGCUGGGAAGCUGGUUUUCUAUCAAACGGAGGGAAAUGCCACUUAUGUGAGAGACACAGGGGAACUGGCGUCAGAUGUUCCCACAGAGACCAUGUUUGAACUCUUCGAUCCUCAGCGGAAUUUCAGCACCGCAAAAUUCUCCUAUACGUGGGAUUUAGGAAACGGAGAAGUGAUCCAAGGGACAGAGCCAGUUGUCCGCUACCACUACUCAGAGUCAGGGAACUACACUCUGCAGCUGAAAGUCGGAGUCAAUGUGACCAAAUAUGCGCCUCUGAUCACUGGGGUCUACUCCACAGAUGUUCAAGUGCUCGAUGCCAUCAAAAACAUCGAGCUGAAGGGCCCUUCAGAUUAUGAGAUGUCUCAGAACACCAGUUUGGCUUUUCACGUCGAUGGAAGUCCUCCCAUGUGGGUGUGCUGGCGUUUCCUGCCUAACUGCGUGCCAGAUGUGGGGGGGGGCUGCACACUGACCAUGUUGUAUGAAAACACCCUGAGACUGAACCACACCUUCACCUCCGCUGGUGUCCACUGCCUGGACAUCAGCGUCCGCAAUGACGUCAGCAAGCUGGAGACAUUUUUUUCUGUGUUAAUUUCAGCCAACCCUCACAUGUUCUUCAUCCUGACAUGUGCUGCCGUUCUUGUUGCAACUUUCUCCUUCAUCACAGUUAUCGCCUGCCGCCCUCUUCAUCACAACAGAUUUCAGAUUGCAACUUCCAGUAACGCUUUAUUCCUGAAGAACCAAGACUCAGAUGGACAAAGCACGAUUCUCUUCAACUUCCCCAACAUGGAGAGAGGAGAGAAAGAGCCACUUAUCUUGCAGUAUGGGACUCAGUACUCCUCUUAA